AUGGCGGCCUCGCCCGCCAUCGACCUGCGAGAGCCGCUCGCGGCUCUGUUCAAGCGCGCGGGCGUCGCCGACAGCCUUUACCGCAGGUAUGAGGGGCGGCUCGCGGAGCUGGGCGUUGGCGAUGCCGGCGACCUCCUCGAGGAGGUCGCUGAGAAGGGCAUCGGCUCGCUCGACAUCCACGACCGCCAGGCGGAGAAGCUCCGCCGAGCUCUUCUCGGCCUGCGGGGCUGGGGGGACGCAGCUGCGGCCGCUGAAGGUGGGUCCGGAGGUGGGACCGAGGGAUCCAGUUUGGACCCCUUGGAGCCCGCGCUGCCGGAGAGCGGCGAUGGGACGAUUGCCGCCGCGGGGGGGGAGGAGGAGCUCGCGGCCUUAGUAUCAAGCAUUCAGUGA